CCGAGUGCCGUAGUGAAAAUCGGAGCAAAUGUGACCAAGGCAUAAAUGGAACAAAGUAAUUCAGUGUCUAUGAGAUUCUUGGCUAAGGCUCAACUCAUUCACUAUAAUUACUCUAUAUGCAUGUGUGUCCAUUACUUGAAGAUAUGGACCUUUCCACUUGAGUUUCCACCAACUAUGCUGUUACGAGUUGGAUGGAAUACAUUAAUACUGUUGAAGGAACCAAGAAGUUCAGUGUCUAUGAGAUUCUUGGCUAAGGCUCAACUCAUUCACUCUAUAUGUAUGUGUGUCCAUUACUUGAAGAUAUGGACCUUUCCACUUGAGUUUCCACCAACUAUGAUGUUACGAGUUGGAUGGAAUACAUUAAUACUGUUGAUGGAACCAAGAAGUUCAGUGUCUAUGAGAUUCUUGGCUAAGGCUCAACUCAUUAACUCUAUAUGUAUGUGUGUCCAUUACUUGAAGAUAUGGACCUUGCCACUUGAGUUUCCACCAACUAUGAUGUUACGAGUUGGAUGGAAUACAUUAAUACUGUUGAUGGAACCAAGAAGUUCAGUGUCUGUGAGAUUCUUGGCUAAGGCUCAACUCAUUCACUCUAUAUGUAUGUGUGUCCAUUACUUGAAGAUAUGGACCUUGCCACUUGAGUUUCCACCAACUAUGAUGUUACGAGUUGGGUGGAAUACAUUAAUGCUGUUGACUGAACCAAGUAGUUCAGUGUCUGUGAUAUUCUUCGCCAAGGCUCCUGUCUCCGCUCCCCAGAUUUCAAUCUACAAAACAAGAUCAAAAAGUGUUCAAUAAGGACUACUAAUAAAGAUAAUUUUGCUCGAAAUUUUUUUUCUGCCUGAUCACCUCAAAU